AUGAAUACCAAAAACAAACUACUGAAGAGCAAAUGGCUUUCAAAUAAUAAGGCUCACAAUUAUAACACCCGAUUCUCACCGCCACACUUGCUUGACACCCCAGAUUUGGAGACUAUCAGGCAAAUGCAACUAGAAGAUGCAUUCUGGAAUAUGGGAUCUUCAACUCAUCCUGAGGAACCUUGGGCAGUUAAUACAAGUAUUCAGGAAGGAAUGAAAGCAUACCUCUUAUUCAGCCACUCCCAGGAAGAGCUUCGCCGGAUAGCCUGGGAGGCCCGUCAGGCAAUCAAGUGGGGAGUAUCCAAAUGUCAGCCUGGGUGA